GCUUAUCUUGACAUCAAACUGCGUGACCAUCACUUAACACGCAGUGCGACAGCGCAAAAUGGACCGCAGCUUCGAUAUCACGACCGGUACGGGCGCAGCGUCGAUUCACGGCGGCAUCAUUCCCCUAGAACCCCUCAAUCCCAAAGCGAAGCUAAGAACAGCCAAUCAAACCAACAAAAAUGACAGCGAUGCGCAACUGAACCCUCCAGUUCCUGAAGAAGAAAAUGCUCCAAGCGCACAGGACUCAAGCGGUCUGGGGAUAUCCAAGACAAGGGGUGUAAUUGUCAUCGUCACUCUUGCAGGCAUCAGCUUUCUCAAUACCACGGGCUCGGGAAUCCUCAUCGCUGCGCUUCCCAAGAUCGCUAACGACGUUGGUCUCUCCGAGAACCUGAUCUUAUGGCCUGCAGCGGUAUAUGCGCUCGCAGCUGGAUGUCUAUUACUCAUCUUUGGCGCCAUUGCGGAUGUCGUCGGGGCCAAGUUGAUGUGGGUUACAGGGAGUUUUCUCUUCGUGGCUUUCACAUUGGCUGUUGGCCUUGCUCAGACGGGCAUUCAAGUCAUUCUAUUUCGGACUCUGCUCGGAGCUUCGAUAUCGAUGUGCUUGCCUACGGCUGUCAGCUUGAUAGCUAACACCUUCCCCAAAGGGCCCUGGAGAAAUGUCGCGUUUGCGAUCAAUGGAAUGGGCAGUCCUUUAGGCUAUGCUCUUGGCCUCGUUCUUGGAGGUAUCUUCACUGAUACGAUUGGCUGGAGAUGGGCCUACUACAUGAGCGCAAUCAUCAACUUUUGUCUAUCCACAGGCGCAAUCUGGUCUCUGCCAUCUGUGUACACUCCUUCAGAGCGAAAGUGGACAACUCGCUUGAUGCAUGAGAUUGACUGGGUCGGAGCUACUACCAUGAGCGUUGCACUCGGCAUGCUGCUCUAUGUUCUUGCCAUGAUAUCAUCGUCUUACAAGAGACUGGAUGAUCCCCAAAAUAUCGCGCUUUUGAUAAUUGCUAUUAUCUUGCUGGCUGCAUUUCCCUUUUGGAUGGACUACCAGGUCAAGCGUGGAAAGCCAGCCUUGAUACCGAACAGCCUCUGGAAGAAUCGAUCUUUCACCUCAGUUUGCAUCGCUGUCUUCUUGUGUUGGGCUUCACUGAAUGGUAUUGAGUAUUUCACAACGCUUUACUUCCAAAAGGUAGAAGGUCUGUCAGCUCUAGAAAGCUCUCUCAGAUUUCUACCUCAUGUCAUCAUGGGCGUAGCGGUAAACAUCAUCACUGGCUUCCUCAUCGCCAAAGUCAAAGUCCGCACUUUGGCUGUUGUCUCAGCACUUGUUACAAUGGUAGCUGCACCUCUGAUGGCGACCGUUGAUGUCGGCGAGAACUACUGGCUUGCUCCGUUUUGGGCCAUGUUCCUUUCACCCGUCAAUCCAGAUGUACUGUUCACUGUGUCGAACCUCGUGAUUUCCGACGCUUAUCCCCCAGAGAUGCAAUCCCUCGCUGGCGGUGUCUUCAAUGAAGUAGCUCAGUUCGGUAACUCAGUGGGCUUAGCCAUUACCGCUGCAAUUGCCGCUUCAGUUACAGAGCACUCUAAUAUCACGGAACGCGAAGAGGCUUUGAUGAAAGGUUAUCGGGCUGCGUUCUGGACUAUAUUCGCUAGCUGCAGCACUGUUACUAUUGUAGUGUGGCUUGGAUUGAAGAAGGGCGGUAUCGUUGGAAGGAAGCAGGACUAGUUAUGACUUUUGAAGAUCUUAAUCUCUUCGAGAGGUAUAUUCGCAGCAAGUACUCAAUCAAGAC